CUGCAUUAAACCCCUCAGACUGUUGCAAUUGAAGUGCAACUUGGUUAGCAGCCGAUGCAAAAAGGUUGCAUGUAUUAGUAUGGCCUCAAACAGAUUUCGUCAGGCAGCUUGGCGACUUGCUCGUGGCGGAUCUUUGGUUGUGGGUCUUGGUCUUGCAGCCAAAGAGCUUCAUGACAUCUUCUUCGAGGAAACAAAGGAGUCCACGGUCAAACGGACCAAACAACACAGUUUUUGGCCAGGAUGCUCAAGUGGAUGCUCGAGCACAGCUGUUCCUGGGCCUUGCUCCUCACGAGAUUGCGGAAAGAACAGAGCGUGAGAAACGCCUCAGAAACAUCAUGGCAUCAGCUGAAGGGCGAGCUCAAGAAAUACUUGCGCAGCAUGGUGGCAAUGCUUCUGCCCAAAAAGCUAUUCUGAAUCUUCGACACCAACUGGUUGAGGAGGCGCACAAUGUGAUGUACCCCUCAAUUUCGCGUGAGGAGCUACAGCAAAGGCGGCAGACCUUUGGGAAUGUCAAGUGGACAGAAGAUGCGAUGCAGCGUCUUUGCAGCUUCUCGCCACUGGUUGAGGUUGGAGCAGGUGAAGGCCAGUGGCAAGCAGAACUCCGGCGACGUGGGGCAGAUGUCAUUGCGUUUGACAAUCACUCCAGCCCUAGUCGCUUUGGAGAUGAAGCAUCUUCCAGGAUUAUGGUACCUGGUGCAGAAGUGCAGCGAGCAGAUGCGGAGGCAGCCAUGUCUGGGAGUGUCGGACGGACACUUUUGCUGGUAUAUCCUCCACCUGGAGACAUGGCGUCAAGGUGCCUGUCCGCUUACGGCGGAGAGACGUUGAUCUACGUGGGAGAAGGUCGAGGAGGUGUGAAUGCUAACAAUCACUUCUUCGAUCUUCUCAGCCAUGAGUGGACAUUGGAGGAAUCCUUGAGCUUGGAAACUCUACCCUGGAGUUACGAAAGCGUCUAUGUGCUCAAGCGCGCACACAGCUCAAAGGCAUAGCUGUUUGCCGUUACUCAAAAAGUAGCGGAGAGACGAGAAGAACACACAGCAUCUGUGUGAAGAUAUUUGGGCCUAGGCAAACCACAAAUGAUGCCUUCUCGCCGUCCUUCUUUGGCCGCGUCCAGUUCUAGCUUUUGCCUUUGCUCAGUGCCUUGCAUUACCCAG